AUGGAGGAGUCUGACUUGCUGAAGGAGAGGCUCCAGGCUAUCACUGAGAAGCACCGCAUUCAGGGAGACAUUAGACAGAAGAAACUGGAACUGGACCGAGAGAAACUGAAACUACAGCAUCUAAAGAAAAAAGGUCUGAGAGAGCGAUGGCUUCUUCAGGACUCAGCUUCCCAGAAUGCAACAGACUUUUCACAGCAACAGAGCCUUCUCUCUGACCAGCAACAGACCAAGCUGCUGCAGCUCAACAUCCACAGGUCAGAGAUGGAGGUGGAGUUUCUGGAGCGGGAGGAGUCCAUGAUUUCUGCCAACGAGAUUUUCAUCCUUGACAGGCUGAAGGCUGUGGAGAAAAGCCCAGAGGAAAUUAUUAAGGAGGCCCAUGAAAACUUUGUCCCUGCUCUGUUUGCCAUGGAGAUAAACGUGACCAAAAACCUGCUAACUGGGAAGAGCACCGUCCUUUCUACAGCAAGUGUCCCACCCGACGAGUUAAACCAACACACUGGCCUCAAGGUUUACGAUGACGGCAGGAAGUGUGUUUAUGCACUGAAUUUAGAAGAGGAGUCACGUGACAGAAACUCUGUAUCUGAGCUGUCGGCCAGCGAAGUGGAACAGCUCCUGAGAAGCGCCACAGUGCACCGUCAAGUAAACUUUCAAAACUACCACCAGAAUCCCAGCAGGAGGGAGGAGCGCUGUUUUUACAACCACCAAGAUGACAGAGACAGAGGGGAGAGGUGUGAUGUCAGUAACCAUGGAGGACACUAUGGUAACCAUGUCCCCAGGAACAACGCAGCACAGGAAGACCCUGGCUCCAUGCUGAGAAAACUACAGGAUGAGCAUCGCCAUGGUCACCAGGAGCACCCUCACAGGAGGCAGGAAGUGAGACUUAACCAGAGCAACCUGAGGGAGGGUCAUGGCUUUGGAAACCACAAGGGGGUGGGUCCUCACUAUGGUAACCAGAAAGAUCCUCACUAUAGUUCUUACCAGGUAAGAAAGGGUCACAGUGUUCAGGAGGGUCGGCCUCCAAGUCACCAAAGCAGCACUAUCAUUAGGAACAGUAGGAUAAAUGGAGUCAAUGGAUCCAAUGGCUGUCCUCCUCCCAGAUCACAUGACCAGGAAGCCGUGUCGGCAUACCAACCUCAGCUGUGCUACACUCCAUUAAAUCAUAUCCCUUUUAAAGAUUACAUUUCUGUUGAUGAAGAGGAACUUUAUUGUUACAACCCACCCUCGUACCACUCUGUUCGGUUCAGUGGUCCCGCCCCCUCUGACAGAGUGCCCUCCCCCCUCUAUCGAGAUGACACCCCUUACACCAUCCUCAAUGCCAUGGAGCCCACCGAGCCAAUCACAGCCAUCUUCAUGGGUUUCCAGACAGCCCAGGAUGACAGUGGGCAGGGUCAGGAGUUUGAUGGCUCUCUGAAGGCCGAGCUGGUCAUCAUCGAGGACAACGAAGACGAUGGUAAGGACAGCAAUGUGAAGGAGAGAAAGAGCCACGCCCAGCCGGGUGUCAGCAACUAUUCAACAGGAAGUGCAGCCAAUGGAAGUGUUGGAAGUGAGGAGGGAUUUGGAGGCAGACGGACAGAGAGACGGGUGGAACCAGGUAUCAAAAGGAUCCCGAAAAAACAUAAAACCUGCUGUACUGUCUGCUAA